CGACGUGCCCGCCGGGCUUCCUGGUUGUAGCUGUCAAGCGCUCACUCAAGCUACGGUUUGGAUAGCUACCGAUGCCCCCAGUCGCCGCCCUGCAUCGCCCCGAGCGACUUUUAUCCAGCCACGAAGCACCAAGUCCUGGCCGAUGGCGUUCAGGAGGGCUCUGAAACGGACGGCCCUUGUAGGCGGUGGGGCGGUUGCCACAGCGUUUGGCCUGUCACAGCUGAUCGAGUACAGAAAGACACAGCGUGGAUUGGCUCGUUUGGCCCAAGUGGCGGCAGAAGCAGAGCUGAAGGUUCCCUUCAUCGAUGAGCUCCCCUCUCGGCAGGCGCAGCUCGCAGCGCUGACAAACACAGAGGAGUUCGACGUUCUGGUUGUCGGAGGAGGGGCCACGGGGGCAGGAUGUGCCUUAGACGCUGUCACACGCAACCUUAAGACUGCUCUCGUUGAGAGAAGCGACUUCUCUUCUGGAACGAGCAGCCGAAGCACCAAGCUCAUCCACGGUGGAGUCCGCUAUCUGCAGAAGGCCAUCAUGAAGCUGGACUACGAGCAGUACAUGAUGGUGAAAGAGGCCCUCCAUGAGCGAGCCAACCUGCUGGAGAUUGCACCUCACCUGUCUGCGCCGUUACCCAUCAUGCUUCCUGUUUACAAAUGGUGGCAGUUGCCUUACUACUGGGCAGGGAUCAAGAUGUACGACUUGGUGGCGGGGAUCCAGUGCCUGAAGAGCAGCUACGUCCUCAGCAAGACGAAGGCCUUGGAGCUCUUCCCCAUGCUGAAGAAGGACAAGUUGGUGGGGGCCAUCGUGUACUACGACGGUCAGCACAAUGAUGCCCGUAUGAACCUGGCCAUCGCCCUCAGUGCCGCCCGCUACGGCGCCGCCAUCGCAAACUACACCGAGGUGAUUCACCUGCUGAAGAAAAAGGACCCGCAGAGCGGCAGAGAGAAGGUGUGCGGUGCCCGCUGCAGGGACGUCAUCACAGGGCAGGAAUUUGACGUGAGGGCCAAGUGUGUGAUCAACGCCACCGGACCGUUCACAGACGCUCUGAGGAAGAUGGACAACCAGGAGGCCUCGAACAUCUGCCAGCCCAGUGCUGGAGUUCACAUCGUCAUCCCCGGAUACUACAGUCCUGACAACAUGGGUCUCCUCGAUCCAGCCACCAGCGAUGGUCGUGUCAUCUUCUUCCUGCCGUGGGAGAACAUGACCAUCGCCGGAACAACCGACACCCCCACUAGUGUGACAGCCCACCCAAUCCCAGGGGAGGACGACAUCAACUUCAUCCUGAGGGAGGUCCGCAAUUAUCUCAGCCCUGAUGUAGAAGUGCGUCGAGGAGACGUGUUGGCAGCGUGGAGCGGCAUACGUCCCCUAGUGACGGACCCCAGCUCCAAAGACACCCAGUCCAUCUGCAGGAACCACAUCGUCAGCAUCAGUGACAGCGGACUGAUCACAAUCGCUGGUGGGAAAUGGACCACCUACAGAUCUAUGGCUGAAGAGACCCUGGACGCAACAAUUAAGGCCCACCGCCUCUCAGCUGACUCCUGCAAGACUGUUGGUCUGAUGCUGGAGGGAGCCAAGGGGUGGACGCCGACCCUUUACAUCCGCCUGGUGCAGGACUACGGCCUGGAGAAAGAGGUCGCUCAACACCUGGCCUCCACGUAUGGGGGAAGGGCAUUUGACGUUGCCAAAAUGGCUCAGGUCACCGGGCAGAGAUGGCCGAUCGUCGGGAAAAGAUUGGUGUCUGAAUUCCCGUACAUCGAGAGCGAGGUGCUAUAUGCGAUUAAGGAGUACGCCUGCACCGCCAUCGAUGUCAUCGCCCGGCGAACUCGCCUGGGCUUCCUGAAUGUGCAGGCGGCUGACGAGGCGCUCCCACGUAUCGUCCAGAUCAUGGGCAAAGAACUGGACUGGAGUCAGGAGAAGAGGACGGAGGAACUUGAGGCAGCGAGGAAGUUUCUGUACCAUGAGAUGGGCUACAGGUCUCGCUCUGAGCAAAUAACCAAGACGUCUGAGAUUAACCUGGACAACCAUGAAGUAGCCAGGUACAAGAAGCGUUUCCAUAAGUUUGACAAAGAGAGCAAAGGAUUCAUCACCACUGUUGACGUCCAGCGAGUUUUACAGAGCAUCAAUGUGCACAUUGAUGAAAACGCGCUCCAUGAAAUCCUUAAUGAGGUGGACCUCAACAAGAACGGACAAGUCGAAAUUGAUGAAUUCCUGCAGCUGAUGAGCGCCGUGAAGAAGGGACACGUGUCGGACAGCCGCCUGGCCAUUCUGAUGAAAACUGCAGAGGAGACUCUGGAUCAGAGGGAACCGGUGUCGGUGGACCGAAGCGGGGGCGGAGUCUGAGUUGGAUGCCAAAAAAACCCCAA